CUAACAUUCCAUUUGGAUCCUAACAUGCAUGCCGUGUCCCAGCCUCAUGCAAACAUUCGAGAGAACAUGGCAUGGCAUGUUCGCCUCCAAUCCAGAGAGAUCACCUCCAUCGAUCCGCUGGUUAUAACUUAUAAAUUCCAAUCUGAUCGAAUGGAAGCGGCAACACGAAGAAGAAGAUACGGAAGAAGAAAGCCGGCAGAGAGAUUUCAGGACAUUCUGGAUUGCAGAAUCAAUUAGCUAGCCAUGGCAUCCUUUCGCGAGCAUUGCUCGCUGUUGCUGUGGCUGGUGCUCGUGGCGAUGGGUCAGAAGAUGGCAAUGGCGUCCAUCUACGAUGACGUGGAGGUGAAUUGGGGCCAGGACCACAGCUUCUUCUACACGGACGGCGGCGGCGACGAGCUGCAGACCCUGGCGCUCUGCCUCGACCAGAGCCGGGGCGGCUCGGGAUUCCACACCAAGGAGGCAUACCUCUACGCCCGCUUCGACAUCGACAUCAUGCUCGUCCCCAAAAACUCCGCCGGCACGGUCACCACGCUCUACCUGAUGCCGGAGGACGUGCCGUGGGACUACCACGACGAGGUGGACCUGGAGUUCCUGGGCAACGUGACCGGCGAGCCCUACACGCUGCACACCAACGUCUUCGCCAACGGCGUCGGCAGCCGCGAGGAGCAGUUCCGCCUCUGGUUCGACCCCACCGCCGACUUCCACACCUACUCCGUCGACUGGAAUCCCAAGCGCAUGACGAUCCUGGUGGACGGGGUGCCGAUCCGGAACUUCAAGAACAGGGCGGGGAUGCCGUUCAUGACGUGGCAGAAGAUGCGGCUGCACGGGAGCCUGUGGAACGCCGACGACUGGGCCACGCAGGGAGGGCGCGUCAAGACGGACUGGUCCGAGGCGCCCUUCUUCGCCAGCUACCGGAACCUCCGGGUGACGUGGUGCCAGCCGUCCCCCGGCGUGGCCUGGUGCGGCGACGAGCCGCCCGAGUCGACGCGCUUCGACGAGGGCCUCGACGCCGACGCGCUGCGGCAGGCGCGAGACAAGCACAUGAUCUACGAUUACUGCAAGGAUGAGAAACGGUACAAGCAGGGCUCCGAGUUGCCGAAGGAAUGCACCUCGGACUGAUGGCAUGCGUGCGUGCGUGCGUGCGUGGGGAUGUGUGUCGUUGGCUUAAUGGUGUCUUUGUACAUUAGUUUGUUUGCUCUCAUCUACUAGAUUCAUAAUUCUUUCAUAUUCU